UCAGUAAGGGUUAGCGACAGUGAAGCUGCUAAACACAAGAGGAGUUGUGAAUCGUGCAUUUAAGACUACUGAGAGACAUUUUUAUAACUACAGACAUCGGUUUACACGAACAGCUAUGCCCGAGGAUAGUAUGGACAAACCAAACAUAGUUACAUGCACCGCUCCUGUGAAUAUAGCUGUCAUCAAAUACUGGGGGAAGAGAGAUGAAGAAUUAAUCCUACCCAUUAACUCAUCCUUGAGUGUCACAUUGCAUCAAGACCAGCUGAAAACAACCACAACAGUUGCAACAAGCAAAUCAUUUAAGAAGGAUCGAAUAUGGCUCAAUGGCAAAGAGGAGGACAUAACCCAUCCAAGACUACAGUCCUGUCUCAGAGAGAUUCGACGAUUAGCACGGAAGAGGCGUAAUGAUGAAGACCUUGGAUUUGAAUCAACCAGUUUGUCUCACAAAGUCCACAUCUGCUCAGUCAACAACUUCCCCACUGCUGCUGGACUUGCCUCCUCUGCUGCUGGAUUCGCUUGUCUUGUGUACACUCUGGCUCGGGUGUUUGGCGUAGAAGGAGAGUUGUCAGGGAUUGCUCGGCAAGGGUCAGGCAGUGCAUGCAGGAGUAUGUAUGGCGGGUUUGUGCAGUGGAUCAUGGGAAAAAGAGACGAUGGCAAGGACAGUCUAGCCCAGCAGAUGGCGCCAGAGACUCAUUGGCCCGAACUCAGAAUCCUUGUGCUUGUGGCCAGUGCUGAGCGGAAGCCAGUAGGCAGCACCUCUGGGAUGCAAACCAGUGUACAAACAAGCUGUCUCUUGAAGCACCGGGCUGAGUCUGUUGUCCCAGGCCGGAUGAUGGAGAUGAUUGAAGCGGUGCAGAGAAAGGACUUCACAGCAUUUGCUGAACUAACCAUGAAGGAUAGUAACCAGUUCCAUGCCACCUGCCUUGACACAUACCCUCCUAUCUUCUACCUGAAUAGGGUGUCUCAACAGGUCAUCAACUUGGUGCAUCAGUAUAACAGGCACUAUGGGGAGACAAGGGUGGCCUACACUUUUGAUGCAGGGCCCAAUGCUGUGAUCUUCACUCUACAGCAGCAUGUUCCAGAGUUUGUCCAGGUGGUUCAACAUUUUUUCCCCCCAGAUGUCAACGGAGGACAGUUUAUUAAGGGUCUUCCAGUUAACAGUGCUUCUGUUCCUGAGGACCUGGAGCAGGCUAUUGGUCUAGAGCCCAUGCCAAAGGGAAUAAGCUACAUUAUUAGUACCAAGGCUGGACCAGGGCCUUGUGUUGUGGAGGAUCCUACUCAACAUCUCCUUGGAUCUGAUGGUUUGCCUAAGAAAACUGAAUGACGCCCCGCAUCCCAGAAGAAACAAAGUGUCACAGAGCAAUAAUGAAACCCAUUCAGCAGAGAUCAAAUUUGUAUUUAACAUAAAGGAAAUAGGGUUUUACAAAUCACAGCAACACCAUGUGCCAUUUACUAUUAUGGGUGCUAAAAUUUCUUCUGACUGGACUGAUGUGUCUCAUUCUUCACAUCACACUCUAUUCUUCUGUGUUUUUGCCUAUUUAUCUGCAUUUCUCAGUAUCUGGAGGCAGUUAUUCUUCAACAGUUGACUUCUGUUAAUAAAGGGUUUUCUCAUACACUUGAUCAUGUGCUGGUAGAUAUAAGGUAUCAACACUGCCAGUGUGCAUUUGAGCAAUAGACUGAAGCAUAAAACCAUUUCACCAUCUCGAUAUGUUUAAGGAGCUUAUGUGACAUUAAAUGGCCACUUUAAUAGUUAUUUUUAAUUUUCAUCAUGUGAAAACGUACAGUUCCAACUUUAGUGGUUUUUAUCUUAUUUCUGUAAAACUGAAUAAAGUCUAUUUUAGUCAU